UUCAAUUUCUCCACAAUUCGUUUUCUGCAAUUGGAUUUCGAAUCUUCAAUUUCAAUCCUAAUUUGAGAACCUAGAAAUCUCCAAAUCGUGUUCUCUUCAUAGGUUUCUGCAAUUCAUUCCACAAAUUGAUGAGAAUAUGGGCGACUGGAUCAUCAAUUUUGAUUUGGAUGUUUUUCUUGAAGUUGCAUGUGUGCCAGAGAUCUCCACAAUAAAGGACAUGUAUGGUAAAUCUUGGGUCGUUACCUAUACGAUCAGUGAGAAUUCGUAUUCCUGUUCUUGCAAAUUGUUUGGGAGGGAGGGAAUUCUUUGUAGUCAUAUAUUUUUGGUUUUCAAGAACAGAUUUGUGAAGGUUAUACCUGAUAAGUACUUUCAUGUGAGGUGGUUGAAGACUGCCUUAGCCGAUGCUAUUCGUGGACCAGCUCGAAGUUUGAGAGAAACUGAAAUUCCAUCAGAUCCAAAGCAGCUCUCAAAGAAUAAAGCUAUUGACAUUUUUUUCAGUUACAUGAAAAAUUUGAUGGUGAUAGUGCGAUCAUUGAUAUGUUUCAGCUGGAAUUGAUGAGCUUGGGAAGAGUCUUAUGACAAGAAUCCCUUAACUAUCUUCAGCAGACAAGGGUAAGACAGUUAAAGAUUUCUAUUUUGCUGAAAAGCCGGCUGUGGUUGAAGUACAACCACCAUAAGUUGUGUUGACCAAAGGUUCGGCAAGUAAUUCUAAAAGCCGUUUGGUGUCCACGAAGGAGAAGGCUGUAAAGUUGAACAGCAAACCCUUGCGUCAGUGUAAAAUAUGUGGAGAAUUUGGUCACCAUGACUCUAGGAACUGUGGCCGACAAAAAGGAAUAUAAAAUUGUUAGUUCAUUUUUACAUUACCAUAUUGCUGUCGUAUACAUUGUAAAUUGCAGUAUUAGGAUCGCUAUAUUGCAGUCUAAUUAAACGAGUGCAGGCACACUAUUUGCUUC